AUGGGUAAUGAGGUAAUAGAAUCAAACGGAGUUGAUGUAUUGCUACAAUUGCAAGAGGAAUUGAAAAGUCAACAGGAUUUGUUUCUUCAACAACAGAAAGAAUUAUUGUCCAAAGAAUCGGUGCUAUCUUCCACUUCAGGUAGUAACACUUUGAGUUUUACUCAAGGUUUGAUUGUUGGUCAAUUAAGUGUUAUUGUAGUCAUUGCAAUUUUUGUAAAGUUCUUCGUAUUUCAAGAUGCAUCACAUGUGCCUACCAGUGUGAAUAAUAAAGAAGUCUCGGGGGUUAUCAAAAAACGGGAGAAUAAAAAAAGUUUACACAACAAUAAUGGUAAUGAGAGAUUUGAUGAUGAAAACAACGAAAAUGUUAUUAACUCAAUCUUGGAAAAAACCUAUUAUGAUGUUAGUAACCAUUCAUCUGAAAGUUUAGAUUGGUUCAAUGUCUUGAUUGCCCAAUUCAUUAAUCAAGCUAGAAAUGAAGCUUUGAUUGCUGAUAAUAUUUUCCAUUCAUUGAAUGAUUAUCUUUUAAAACUGGACUUUCCUGAUUAUUUGGAUUCCAUCAAGAUUUCUGAAAUCGAUAUCGGUGAUGAUUUCCCUAUUUUGUCCAAUUGUAGGAUAGUCCAGAGUCCUGAAAAUUUGGGAAGAUUGCAAGCUAAAAUUGACAUUGAUUUGUCUGACACUAUCACUUUGGGUGUGGAAACGAGGUUAUUGAUUAAUUAUCCUAAACCCAUGACUGCUGCUCUACCAAUCAAACUAUCGGUCACACUUGUGAGGUUUUCAGGAUGUCUUUCGAUAUCCUUAAUAAAUCCCAACGAUCCUGAAUACGAAGUCAUAGCAAAGGAUGUCACGCCUGAACCUGAGGAAAAAGAAUCAAGACUAAAACCUGAGACGUUGAAACUGGCUAGAUCCAUGUCUAGUACUUCAGGAUCCCCAAGAAAAGAAUUUCAAAAACUGACACCAAUCUUUAACUCAACUUCGACCGUUGAAGUUAUAAAACCGGAAGUGAAUUCGAAUAUUGCAUUGAUGUUGGAAUUUUCUCCCGAUUAUAGGUUAGAAUUCACAAUCAAAUCCUUGAUUGGUUCCAGAGCGAAAUUAGAAGACGUUCCUAAAAUUUCAUCGUUGAUUGAGGGUAGAUUAAGACAAUGGUUUGUUGAGAGAUGUGUCGAACCACAUUACAAAAUUAUCAAAAUACCGUCAAUAUGGCCAAAUAAAGGAGUUAAUCCUUCAGACAAGAAUGAAUAA